AUGAGAAUCAAGAAUCCCGAAUGCUGGGAAGAAUACUGUAAUAUAAUUCAAGAACAAAAGAACAAACACUUCAUCGAAGAAGCACCCCAAAUAUCAAAGCUGCAACAGAAACAACAGAAUACCACAAUCACACAACGCUUGGUUGAAAACCUAUACGUGGACAAUGUCCUCAUGCUUGACAAUUCGACUCACUCUCUUCAAACAUAUCAUACAUGCAAGAAGAUAUUUGCGAACAUGUCCAUGAAUCUUCGCCAUUUCAUCACGAACGACGAAAUUUGUAACAAGUCGAUCGGUGAGAAAGAUAAAUUACCGCAGCAUCAGCCAAAAUCUUAG